GACGGUCUACCCCAGUUUAUGGCUGUCAUAGGUAGCUCAUUGACAUCUUUGUCGCUCCAUGGACACAGGGAUCCGCUUGGAGACGAUUUGUGGCUUGGAUACUGUCCAAAUCUGCUCGAUUUAUCCAUCCGUGGAUAUGUGUUGGAGGCCCAGUUUGAUUUUCGCGAGUAUCGGAAGACUCACAGUGAACUUCCCUCGGUCAUCUGCAACUGGCAUGAUUGUCUGCAUCGAUUGCGUGCCCGUUUGACAUACUCUAGAGCUAUCCCUCAUGGCUACGAUCCUGCGAAUUAUGAAUCGGACCUUGAUACUCUUUUGGAAAUGCUAAAGGUGAACAAAUCUCUGGAGUAUUUGGAGGUGAUCGUCCCAGCUGAAUAUCGGGCUUACACCAGUAAGUUUGCGCAGUACGACAAGAAACCGAUCGAUAGGGCGCUGGAACUCCCAUUGGAGACGAAGUUGGCCUUUCAAAAAAUCGAACGACUUCUCCGAUGA